UUUCAGAUUAGAAUGAUAUGAUCCGGACACUUUUUCAAAACACUAGUUUUAUUAGAUCGAGAAACCAGUUACAGUUUUAUUUAUCAACAAUGAGUGAAAUAAAUUUGACUACUCCUAAAGUUGAAGAGGAGAACGUUAAAACGGCAAACGGUCGGCUAGCUGAGAGUGAAAAACGGCCGGAAUACAAAUGGAAGAAAGCCAAGAAAAUGGCGGCAAUGAUUUCCUUUUCCGGAAAGGAUUAUAUAGGCAUGCAACGGAAUGCAGGGUUUAAAACCAUCGAAGGUGAAUUUCUGGCCGCUCUAUCCCGAGCUGGGAUUAUAGACCCUGAAUGGGAGGAAAUCCCGCAGAAAGGAUUUUUCCAGCGUGCCUCUAGGACGGAUAAGGGCGUGUCGGCACUAAAGAUGGUUGUGUCCUUGAAAAUGGCGGAGGAAGAGGGGAUGGUGGAGAAGGUCAACGCGGAGCUGCCCACUGAUAUAAAGCUACAAGCUGUAGUUCGAGUCACAAAGAAUUUCAACUGUAAAUCUGCAGCUGAUGCCCGAACCUACCUUUAUGUUCUUCCAACCUUUGCCUUCUCUCCGGCCACGGAGAUUAUCAGUGAGGAUUGGCGGUGUGAACCUGACACAAUCGCUAAUGUGAAUUCAGUUCUCAAAGAGUUUAUUGGAUCUCGAUACUUUCAUAAUUACACUUCAGGGAAGCUACCAUUAGAACCCUCAUCACAGCGCUUCAUUCAUGAGUUUGAAUGUGGAGAACCUUUUAUAAAAGAUGGUUAUGAAUGGUGUAUAAUCCGUGUGAAAGGACAAAGUUUUAUGCUUCACCAAAUCAGGAAAAUGAUUGGGAUGGCCUUGGGAAUCGUUAGAGGGCAUACAGACCUAGCAGCCCUUGAGCAGACCUGGGGGAUGGAUAGAAUAGAUAUACCUAGAGCUCCAGGUCUAGGUCUAGUACUAGAGGAGGUACACUAUGAUAGGUAUAACAAGAGGUACGGUUCCGACGGAAUCCACGACACCCUCUCCUGGGAGAAGGUGGAGGAUCAAGUUGAGACCUUCAAGCAGGACAUCGUCUUUGCCGACAUUUUCCAAACAGAGAUUGAAACAAAAAGCAUGUUCGAAUGGAUGGCGGUUCUACCGAUGCAUAAGUUCGAACCCCGACAUUUCGAGGAGGACGGUCGACAGUCGCCGUUAGCCAUAGCGAAGGCUAAUGUUGAACGAGAACAGGGCAAGAAUGGGGUUAAAGUUGAUGAGGAUGAGGAGGAUGAAUAAAUUUUACAUUUUUUCAG